CGUACGUACCGGUAGUACGAACAGUAUUUUAAGAAGAAUCUUUCUUUCGGAUUCGGAAAUUACUACCAGCGAACAAUCGUGAUUGUGGGUUCGGCAACGACGAUGGCGCUCCGAGGCGAUCUUUGGGGCGUUCGAGGUCUCCAUCGGUGGAACACUCGGAUUGUCCAUCGAGGAAUCGCAACGAAACGAUCCGCAUUCCAUUCCGCGAGCAACGAUGCAUUUUGCCGUGGGCCCGAGCCGCGCACGGUGUCUUCCUCGUCGGUGUGGAUGCGCCACCGUUCGCGGCGCYCGCUUGGAUCGACAACGCCUCUUUGCCACCCGAACCUUCCSCACGACCUGGGCGGCAACUCGGGGUUUCGGUCACCAAUCCCCGUCGGCUCUUCCGGGGACGAUCUGCGGGCAUGGGAACGAGAAUGCCACGCGCUUUUCGCCGUCCUAGCCUCCAAGGACGUGAUCAAGACCGAUCAGCUGCGCCGUGCCAUCGAAGACCUGACACCGRAACAAUACAGCGAGUGGAGCUAUUACGGGCGUUGGAGUGCGGCAAUGGCAACCCUCUUGCUGGACCGGGGACUGAUAUCCGACGASGAUCUGAGGCGCUCAUUGUUUGGAAAKGAAAACAAUGCCGGGUCUUCUGUUUCRAAACCACCCGAGUUCCGGGCCGGAGACUCUGUUCGURUAAAGUCGUUCCAAGAUGGAGUCGAGUGGAGGCGGCCCCACAUCCGCACACCCGGUUACGUUUAUGGUGUAAAUGGAAGGAUUGUCGAUGUGUGCGGUAGAUUCGGAGAUCCUUCGUUUUUGGCCUUGGGCCUCGAAGCUCCAGAGGUCUGGUUGUACAGAGUCGUAAGUGCAGUGCGAGCAGAAUGAAACGGGUUCGCUCAUCAGCUUUGGUUCCGUGGUGCAGCACAAGUCCGCCUCCUAUUUCGACUCUUGGACGAUGAUUCACCACUUCCGUGCAUGCRUUUUUUGCUUUCAACCCGCAUUSCCAGGAGAUUUCCAUGGAGGAUUUGUGGCCGGAACAAGUUUCCGAAAAAAACACUCUGAGCAUAGAAGUCUAUGAACACUGGYUGGUUCCAUCGGACAMAAAUUCAGGACACGGCUAUCAGGAGAUGAAACUCUUCAACCACGAAGASGACGGCAGGGACUGUUCCCACCAAGACGUCCAUUCUCACGGCGGAAAUUCACACGAUCCACGCACCAUCACAGAGAAGCGGGCAGUGGAAGACGAAGGCCCCCCUCGUCCGGGCGAGGACUUCUUUCGUGGGCUUCUCCAAACCAUCCUGGACAAGAAAAUAGUUUCGGGAGAAGAAGUCAGAGCCAUGAUCGAAGGCCUUGACUCUGCCGGUCGAWCAAUGGCGGGCCGAGAUCUAAUCGCAAGGGCCUGGAUGGAUCCGGUGUUUGAAGAACGAUUGCUGGAGGAUGCGGCCGGUGCGGCCCUGGAACUGGGCAUCCACACCUCGAAUCCGAAUKCACCGACGGUACUCACCGUUGUAAAAAAUACUUCAAAGGAACACAACCUCAUUGUGUGCACUCUCUGCAGCUGUUAUCCGUCCGGUCUGUUGGGAAUUGCWCCUCCCUGGUACAAGUCUAGUGAGUUUCGAUCCCGUGCGGUUCGAGAACCGAGAGAGGUCCUCAACGAAUUUGGAACGCAGCUGCCCCAAACCCAAUCGAUUCGGGUUCACGAUUCCACCGCCGACCAUCGCUAUCUCGUGAUGCCGCAGAGACCGAAGGGGACGGRCGGCUGGUCCGAGAACGAGCUCAAGCAACUGGUCACGCGAGAUUCUAUGCUCGGUGUUGCCCUUCCGAUGGCACCACUGGAGUAAUAACGYAUURGAUCCGUCGAAGGAUCUGAACGAUCGUGGAUGGGGACUGUGGUUGCUAAAAUAUGGGUAUAUCUAAUAAACUGUCAACUAUUGA